AUGGCUAGACCUAACGAGACCCCUCUUGGACCCGAGAAUCGAACCGAAUCUCAAAAUGAGAAUGACCAAGAACAGCGCGCUGAGCCUGCCUGCAGAUUCUCUAGACGUCUGACUGCACUACUUAGCCAGACGAAGAAUGGAGGAUUCAAUGAAGACACCAACGAACUCGCAGAAAGUAUCUCCUACGAAGAAUUCACUGCUCACUGGCAGACAGACCCUGUCCGCUGCUGGGAAGCCAUUAUCCGCAUCUACACUGACCUGGAUGCAAAGGCUACCCUAUGCCGUGACGAAGCGACCCUCCUGAACGAGCAGCUUAUCGAGAUCCAGAACGAGGUGGAUACCCUUAAGGACCAGAAAGAACAGAUUACUAUCGAACGUGAUCAGACCCUGGAUCAGCUACACGCUGUCAACGUCGUACGCGAGGAGAUACAGACCAGACUGGAAGAGAUUACCCGCGAACGGAACGAAUUUGCCCUGCAAGUAGCCCGUGGAUCUAGCGCAGGAAACACUGGUUCCCAGGCCUCGGCCGCCAGUGGUAAGUCGGCAAAGAUUCCAGACCCCCCUCUCCUCAGCGAUGGGAAGGAUCCCCGUUUUGAAGAUUGGCUACUAGCCAUAAAGCAAAAGCUUCAGGCGAAUGCUGAUCACUACCCAAACCCCAUGAUGAGAAUUACCUACAUCACUAGCCGGACUGAGGGCAAUGCCCGGAAGCACAUCACCCCUCGUCUCCGCGAAAAUGCUGUUAACCCAUACCAGGAUGCCACUGAUCUCCUUAAGCACCUCGAGAACGUGUUCGCGGACCCAAAUCGUGAGAGAGUUGCGAAGCAGAAGUACAAUACUCUCUAUAUGAAGCCCUCUACCAAGUGGAAUGAUUUCAUUUCAGAAUUCCUUUACCUUGCAGCCGAGGCAGGAGUUCCAGAAGACUCCUAG